CCACAAAGGCCCACCGCGACCAAGGCUGAUUUCCAUACGCCGAACGGAGGCACACACACACAUCACAGUGGGCCACCGGAGGCUUUACCGGGCGCGAGCUUUUAGAGACCGCGGUGCCAUCCCGAAUCGCACAGAGAGACCCCGCGCUCCGGAGGAGACUGCUGCUGCUCCCGCGUUCGCGCUUCCGACGCUCUCCUCUCGAUCGGCUGCUUUCGCAUCUGGAGAACCACCGCCGCCGUUGACGCGACAGCUCCGCGCAGAGAAGCGACCGUCGUGCCGGCUUCACCCCGAGACACCAUGGCGCGGGCGCCGGGCCGAGCCGUGUUUCUUCUUCUGGGAGCGGCAGCCCUGCUCUUCAGUACUCCCAAGACCGCUGCCGCACAGAACACCACUGCCGAAGAAGCGCUCACUACACUCGCUGGUGCCAUCGAUAUGGCCACGACAACACAAGCACCACAGCUGCGCAUGGUGGAUCGCAUGCGCCAGGCUAUUCGCGAGCGCCUGGACGCUUCUUACGACACCAUGGCUGAGCAGUUUCUGAACGCGAAAAUGUCACGGCAAUGCGCCUUCAAGUUGCUGAAGUUCGUCCACAGCUUGAGGAACUUCGAGCCAUGGACGCUGCGGAUGAUUGAUGCAUCGGGCAAGUACCCAACCGGCCUGUUCCAGGGAUCGCUGUCCGAUCUGGGCGCUUACGACCAGUGCAUCGAGACGGUAAUCCGGGACGAGUACGGCGGAGAGAAGGUGCGCGCCCAGUACUGUAACAUGUACAUCAAACUCGGGAAGGACAUGUCCUUCCUAGAACACGUGGACGAUGCCCUACGCCUCUCGCACAGGAGGACACCAACGUUUUCUAGGUUCCAGAACGACGACAUCGUACAUGGCGUGAAAAUCGGACUUUGCAUAGUCCACGAAUGCAAACCAGAAGACAUCGAAGCCAUCGCUGGCGUCUUGAUAACCGGGGAUACCAAGGUCACGGUGACGGACUGUGCCACGAACAUACCUCCCGAAAUCAGCACCACGCAGGCGGCAAUCAUUGCCGUCCUAGGAGUGAUUGCAUUCCUCAUGGCAGCGAGCACAGCGAUCGACAUCUACCUGAACAACACACGUGGAGAUGAACCAAGAGGAACGGCGCUCACAGCGCUCUCGAGCUUCUCCGUGGUGGCCAACUCGAAGAUGCUGGUGAGGGUGACAGAUGACAAGCAGUCGGACGCAUACAAGCUACGGUUCCUGCACGGAAUGCGCUUCUUCAGCAUCGGCUGGGUCGUCCUCGGCCACUCGUACAGCACUUUCAACUUCACCAACAUGUCCCGCCUUGUCAACGCUCUUCAUUACGGAGAUAACAUCCUGUUCUGUUUCAUCAUGGCCGGCUACCUCAGUGUGGACACUUUCUUGUUCCUCGCUGGUUACCUGCUGACAUACAACUUACUGAGGGAACGCUCCAACGCUGUUUUUGGCACCAUAAUCGCCAUUAUCAGAAGAUACAUCAGGGGAACCGUACCCAUUGCCUUUUGUAUUAUGUGCACAUUCCUUGCACCGCUGAUGUUCAAAGGUCCCACUACGCCGACGCUGUAUGAGCACUUCUAUAAGGAAAUCCGCACGCAAUAUUGGGCACUCUUGCUUCAGAUUAGAAAUUUCACCGGAAAGCUCCACAUCGGGAUGUAUGGGCACCUGUGGUACAUGUCGACGGAUUUCCAGCUGUUCGUGAUCUCAGUUAUAGUCAUCCAGUUUUUCAAGAAAAAAAUAUGGACGACCAUCAUUGUGUUUGGAAGCCUCUCCCUCAUUGCUUGUUCGAUAUCUGCUUGGCAAGUCUCGAACACAAUUUACACACCCUUCGUUCUUCCGAUGGCAGACAACUUCACGGUCAUGACCGGGACGCUCAACAAGUUCUACACCCACCCGUCAUACCACGGCGUCGCCUUUUUCUUCGGAGCAAUGACGCAGCUGUUCCUGUACAGGUAUCCAUCAGUUAAAAUUAGCAAGAUGCUCCAGGCGGGUAUGUGGCUGAUGAGCGCCGCGUGCGGGCUCACCUCCAUUCUGAUCAUGUACGACUGGAACCGUGGCGAGCACCCGCCCGAGUGGGCCAAGCUGUCGUUCGCUUUCUCCGAGCGGCUCCUCUGGUCCGUCUGGCUUUCCUGGCUCACCUUCGCCUGCUCCACCGGCCGAGGCGGCUUCAUCGCCAAGUGGCUGUCAUGGAGUGCCUUCGUUCCCUUCAGUCGACUCUCAUUCGGAGUGUACCUGCUGCACGUGCCGUAUUACUACAUCCGGUUGAACGUCACCAGGGAGAGGAUAUUCUUCUCACACUACAGCAUGGUGACCCAAUACUUUGGGGCGCUCGUGGCCAGCUACCUGCUCAGCUACAUCCUGUUCAUUGCCUGCGAGGCGCCCACAGGCCGCAUCGAGAAACUGUUGCUCAUGCCCAAGCGGCGACCGCAGCUGCACGACACCAAGAGCACCGUCCCUUACGUAGAGGACAAGAGUGACAAGCUGAGCCCGCAGAUGUUGUACAAGCCCAAGGCGGAAACGGGCUCUAAUGGCACUGUGGUGCCUCCCGGCCAGUCCAGCUACCUCUGAGCAUAGACUGCGCACUCGACACCGCCUCACUGUAUUUAUCAUCCACCGGCCGGUCCCCCCUUGUCUCGCUGAGCGCGUAAGGUGUUCGUGUGCCAGUCAUGUUGGACGUCCGAUGAAGGCUUGGUCACCUGUGUAUAGCACUCACUACUAUGAAUGAGGAGACUUAAAAAAAAAACUGUUGACGGUAGCCGUUUUUUUUUCGGCAGAUAUGGCGUUGUGAAGGAAUUUCAGUAAUUGUUUGAUAGCGGUAAACAGCGCAGACUGAAAUUAAAAAAAAAAUUCUUUAUUGGUUACACAUUCGGUUGAGCCGCUCACGUGCUUUAUGUCCUGCCUUAUGUAAAGUAUUUCAAGAAUGACCCACUUUGUCGCGUGUGUGAUUAAUGAUUCACAUUACAAGUUCCUGCCCUUCGGAACCCCUUGGAUGCAUUGUUAGGUGCCUUCUCACUGUAAUGUCAUGUGAUGGUUAUCAUCAGCCUACGGUUGCAUUGUUAGUAUCCUAAGGCACAUUGUCGCGAUGUUUCCCCUCUCUCUAGCCAUCUCUCUCGCAUUUUGUACGAGCGGGUCUUUACCGCGAGUCUUUCUGCCGGAAAUUACGUGUACGAGAAAACACCGUGUCUUCGCAUGCUGCGGUUCCGUGGCAAAACAUUUAAACCAAAGUGUAGCAGUGAUCACGGCAACUGAUUUUUGCCUUUAUUUUCCUUUCAAUUUACCGAACGUUCCAUUCUCUGAAUAUUGAAAAUAACGUCGGCUGCAACAUUGCUGCGGUCGUGAUAAAGCGCCAGAUAGUGUAAAUCUUAAUUAACAAUGGCAAGUCCUUACACACUGUCGUUUCCUUUUCAUUUCGAUGAUUGAACGGGGUAAAACUGACUGUUUUUCUAUAAAUACAGUGACAAUCGCUUCAAUAUCAUAGCCACAAGAAUACUACAGAUGAUGGCAAGGGUAAGACAUUCUUGAUAGAACAAUAAAAGCCGUUGAAAAGCAAUUAGAAAAUUACUACAUCCGAGAGGUUUCUGAAGUAUUGCUCAAUGACACUAAAUACGUAAAAAAUGAAGAAAAAGCCGCGACAAUGACGACGACGAGCCCAGGUGUAGCUUGAAUCGCACUUUUACUGUAAAAUCUAAUUGUUUGCUACAACUGCUAGACAUAUGUAUGUUUGCAUGAUUUCUGGGAAAUAUCCCUGUUUAGGUUUUCUUUCCUGCUCAUCAACACUCUGUUCAACAUCGCUUUGUAGAUGUGAAGGCUGGAAGCGCGGUAAGGGGGCGGGCUACCCAAUUAAUGCUCAAGAAUGAUGUCGGCCAAGAUCUAGGCGAUAAUGCAUUCAAACUGUAUAUAUUCGUGACCGCAUCUGCCAUAUUUAUCUUGUGGCAAUCUCGCGUUCACCAAUGCUAGUUCAUGUUUUCUGCCGCGUUGAGCAGCCAUAGUGUAUUAUGUCCACCUCCAGUUCCCACGUGUUAUAUGUUUAUGUAGCAACGUUCACAAUAUUUGUGGAAUAAAGUGUUGUUUGUUUUA